AUGCAGGCGCUGUGGCGUGAGCUUCCUGCGCACGAGCUGCGCAAAGAGUGUCAGGACCAGGGAGUCUCCGCUGGUGGUCUUGUCGGCUGCCACCUCAGCAGCGAGGAGGAGCAGCCGAAAGAGCUGCUGGAGAGGUUGAUCCUGGCCAACUGUGCAGAUCUUUGGCAAACGCAGGGCCUCCCGCUGAAGAGGGUGGCCACCGUUCUUGGCAGUUUUCUUGGCAUUCUCAGUUGCGAACACGGAGCGAAGGAGUUCGUACGGCUCCAAGCAGCUGAUGACCGGACUCUCUUGGAGGAGUACAAGCGCCUCGAGAUCCCCACGCAGGCUUCCGAUUCGGAGUCAUGCCGUUACACCCCACACUCUUGGAAUUCUGCGAGAAAAGUGCCGUCGAUUGUUUCGGGGAGCUACGGAAGUAUCCCUAAUAAAGCCAGUCGGAAACAGAGAGUGCAGGCAGAGACCCCGACCAAGCGGCGUGAGCUUCUGCAACGCCUCCAGCGCGUGGCAGCAUGGAGGGCGCGAAGCUUGGGAUGUGAAGAGGGUCGGUCUCUGGAGUUCAGCUGA